GGUUCACCUUGCCCUUAAUCCAUGUGAAUACCUGUUGGAAAGACCUUCUAGAAACAUAAGUUUUCAGUCUCCUAAUACAUUCUGCUGUGUCCAAGAAGAGCCUGUCCAAAUGAGCAAGACAUCCCAACAGAACACUGCUACAGAUGCGAACGGAGUAAGCGUGAUUCACACCCAAGCACACACUAGUGGUUUGCAGCAGGUUCCCCAGCUGGUGCCCGUUAGUCCUGGUGGUGGAGGCAAAGCUGUGCCUCCGAGCAAACAGGGAAAGAAAAAUUCCUUUCUGGAUAGAAACAGUGAUGAGUAUCGUCAGCGCAGAGAGCGAAACAACAUGGCAGUGAAAAAGAGCCGGUUAAAAAGCAAGCAGAAAGCACAAGACACGCUGCAAAGGGUCAACCAACUCAAAGAAGAAAAUGAACGUUUAGAGGCAAAAAUUAAGCUCCUGACCAAGGAGCUGAGCGUACUGAAAGACUUGUUCCUUGAGCAUGCGCACAAUCUUGCAGACAAUGUGCAACCUGUUGGCACUGAAACCACCACAACAAAUCCAGAAAACAAUGGACAGUAGACACCGUUGCAACCUUAUGAAAUGGACUCUCGAGGUGCAGCUUGUCUGCAGUGCCCAUGCAGUAACCAAGGAAAAACUGUUCUUUUAACCAUCAUU